GACGGGAACCCGGCACCGGAAGUUGAAAUAUUUGGACCGACAACUUGGUUCUUUCCUCACGCGGCAGAGAGCUGUAGGCUGAGACGUACCGCCUGAGAGAAGCAUGAGCCACUCUUCCCAGCCUGAGGUCAGUGACACCAGUGAUCUGCUGGGAUGCCUCCUUGACCUGUGGAACAGAAAAGAGCAGGAGAAGGUGCGGGCUGAGGCUCGUAUGGGCUUUUCCAAUGCCCAGGACCCCCUCUGCUGUCUGCUGUGCGUGCUGGAGGGCUGUCCCGGGAGGUUAAAGGGCAAAGCCACGUCGCUGGGCCACUGCGUGCUGGCCGAGUUUGUGCGCUGGAGGCAGAACCACCCACAGGUCAGCCUGCAGGGCCGGCCUCCGGAGGGGCUCCACGGCCUGCAGCUCCGAGCCCUGGGCCUGCUCUCCGAGGCCCAGCACGCGGCCACCCUCUCCUCCCUGCUGGAGCUCUACCAGCUGUGCUCCCUGGACCCGGCUCUCCUGCUGGGCCACGUGCAGAGCCUGCUGGCCACCGGCUGCUUUAAGGAGGCAGCCAUGUUGGGCAUCGCACUGAAGCUGCAGUCAGAGCUGGACAUGGAGCAGGUGUGCGUCCCCCUCGUGCUCCAGGACAAGCUCCCGUUGGCCGAGUCGUACGUGCAAGGCCACAGCCACCUGGAGGAAGCCCUGCUGAAGCUGCUGGACUCCUGGUGCGACCCCCGCUUCAGCCUGGCUCAGCUGCGCAGACAGUUCCCUGAUCUGUCGGUUUCCCACCACCAAGCCGAGCGCAUUCAUCCCAAGAUGCUCAGCAAACAGGUGUUCAGGCUGAUGGAGCGCUUCAACAUUAACCCAGCACUGUGUCCCAAUUCUGUCACCAAGAGGAAGCUGGACUCGCUGAAGUUCCUUAUGUACAAGCGCUUUGUGGAGAAAGGCAUGUCUGAGGAGAACUGGAGGGACCACAUUCAGGCCGCGGUUGCAGACAGCCCGGAGCUGCAGGGUCACCUGGUGGAGCUGUUGGUGAAGUACAGCGGGCUUCAGGACGCUGCCCAGUGGUCCCGGCGCUACGGCGUCCCAAAGGAUCAGCUUCCUCUGGGCGUGUGGGACACGCAGCAGGACCUGCCGGUCACUGAGCGAGGAGACUCUGAGGUCCCUUCUCCCUCAGCGGACCCCUGGGACCCACCCAUAGCAGACCAGGAGCGAUAUUACCAGCUUCCUAUUCCCAAGGACAGCGUCCAGUUCGUCCACACACAAGAGGACUUAGAGCGAUGUAAAAACAUGGUGUUCCAGCCUGAGGCGCCGGUGGGUAUAGACAUGGAGUGGCGAGCCGGGUUCGGGUCGGUUCCCUGUCAGCGCCUGGCGCUCAUCCAGCUGGCCGUGUUGGAGCAGGUGUUCCUGCUCGACCUGUGCCAGGCCGAGUUUGCCGGGCACGAGCGCACGGUGGAGUUCAUCAGAACGCUUUUCUCAGACCCGAAGAUCCUCAAACUGGGCUACGGGAUGUCGGGUGACCUGAAGAGCAUGACGACCACGUGGCCAGAGUUCAGCGCGCAGCCUCUGCAAGUGAGCGGGGUGCUGGACCUGCUCAAUGUGCACCAGCAGAUGCAGCGGAGCUGGCGGAGGGGUGCGGACAGGGGCCCGCGGCCGGUGGAGGUGGGCGAGGGCCCCGCGGAGAAAGGGCUGAGCCUGAUGGUGCAGCAGGUGCUGGGGAAGCCACUGGACAAGAUGGAGCAGCUCUCCAACUGGGAGAGACGGCCGCUCCGGAGCAGGCAGGUCCGCUACGCAGCCAUCGAUGCCUACUGUCUCCUGGAGGUCUACCGCACGCUCUCCCUGGAACCCGCCCGCUUUCACCUCCCGGCAGACCUCCGCAGCGUGCAGGCAGGCCAGGCGGCGAACAACAAGGAGAAAAAGUCCCGGAAAGAGCGAGAAAAGGAGAAGGGGAAGCAGGCCAGGAGCCGAGGGGUGCCCUCGGACGCCCCCGGGCUGGAGGGCCGCCCCCUGCCGGCCCCCGCGGGCCGGGCCCCCGCUCUCCGGGCCCCUGCUCUCCGGCCGCAGCAGCUGCGCGUGGUGUGUGACAACAUGCUGCAGGGCCUGGGCCGCUUCCUGCGCUGCCUCGGCGUGGACGUGCUGAUGCUGGAGAACGGAGACGACCACAGGCUCGCCGCCAAACUGGCUCGAGAAGAAGGCCGAGUCAUUCUAACGUCCGGCCAGCCUUACCAGACGCUGAGGUCUCAGGUGGGUGAGGGCCGGUGUCUGGCGCUGGACUGUUCUGAGAAGGCCCGGGACCAGACCGCGCGCGUCCUGCGGCACUUCAACGUGCAGCUCACCCCCGACGACAUCUUCAGCCGCUGCCAGGCCUGUAACGGGGAUGAGUAUAUGAAGCUGCCUAGAGAGGACAUGGCAGAGAUACUGAGGGAGAGAGGCCUCCUGCAGGUGCAGGCUCGGGGCAAGCCAGCGGAAAACUGGGAGGAGCAGUAUGAUGAGCCCCCGUUUUCCCCCCAGCCGGGUCCCAGCAUGGCCCCCGAGGGCCCCCGAUACGGCCCCCACUGCCGCUGGGCCCCGGCCUCUCACCUGGACCGCCAGAGUCUCACGUUCCCCGGCGGGGCGGUCCUGCAGCUGCACACCGUGCCCCCGGGCCUGCUACCCAGAAUCCCCGUCUUCUUCAUCUGCACCACCUGCGGGAAGGUGUUCUGGGAAGGCUCCCACUUUGAGCGCGUGCUCAACCAGUUCCAGGAUGUGCUGCGCAUCAGCGAGGACGCCCCGACCUCCCAAUAAGCACCCCCAGGAGUGAGCAGUGGCCUGAACCAACAGGGCCCUGGGGGGGGGGGGGGGGGGCUUCCCAAUAAGCACCCCCAGGAGUGAGCAGUGGCCUGAACCAACAGGGCUCUGGGGGGGGGGGAGAUUAUGGGUUUCGUUUCUGUGCGGGACACUCGUUCUGCCUGUGUUCUUGAGCCAGGCCUUUAGCCUGAACGGGACCCUAAUCGAUAACACAGAACGCCUGCUGACACAUUUCGUAAGAAGUCCCGGGGAGUCGCAUUAACCGUAAUGUUAAUGAGACUCAAGCUGUGCGAGCAUGCCUAGUUAUACUUUGCAAGGACGGUUUCAGCCUCAUGCACUAGACACACCUCAGCUGAAAACCCCAAUGGACUUUUUAUUUUUUGUUUUUUUAAGCGGAAAUGAGGGCAUCUUCUUGAAGUAAUGUUUUCCUUUUUAUCAAAUGUAUUGAUGUUUAAACUGAACUUUUUUUUUACAACAGUAAUAAAUGGUUACUAAAGA